CCCUACUUUUAAUACUCAUAUACACUGCUAUCAUUUCCUUCUUUCAGGCUUUCAGCAGCUUCUAACUAAGCCACUGUCCACUGAAUAUUUUUCGAUAUGGGGAGCCUCCCAUUUACUGUUUCAGAUCUUCAGACAAGUGUUAGUGGAGUUAGGAGCAACCCCACUUUGCUAUGCACCCCAUUGAUGGGUACCACAGUGGAGCAGAUGCUGACCGAGAUGAGAAAAGCAAAGGAAAUUGGUGCAGAUAUUGUGGAAAUCAGGCUGGAUUGUUUGAGGAACUUCAGUCCUGCACAAGAUCUUCAAAUUCUUAUCAAACAAUCUCCUUUGCCAACUCUAGUGACUUAUAGACCUAUAUGGGAGGGUGGUCAGUAUGAAGGUGAUGAAAACAAGCGACAAGAUGCACUUCGACUCGCAAUGGAACUGGGUGCAAGUUACAUUGAUGUUGAGCUUGAGGUUGCUCAUGAAUUCAAUAAUUCAAUUUAUGGGAAGAAGCCCCAAAACUUCAAAGUCAUUGUUUCUUCUCACAAUUUCCACAACACCCCAUCUACUGAGGCUAUUGGGAAUCUGGUGGCCAGAAUCCAAGCCAGUGGAGCUGAUAUAGUGAAGAUCGCAACAACUGCAUUAGACAUCACAGAUGUGGCUCGGGUUCUUCAAGUAACUGUGCAUUCUCAAGUUCCAACAAUAGCAAUUGUCAUGGGGGAGAGGGGUUUGAUUUCACGGUUACUUAGCCCCAAAUUUGGUGGAUAUCUCACUUAUGGUGCACUUGAAGCUGGUGCAAUAUCAGCUCCUGGGCAACCGACAGCCAAAGACUUGUUGGAUUUGUACAACUUCAGGCUUAUUAAACCCGAUACCAAAGUAUAUGGCAUCAUUGGGAAGCCUGUUGGACACAGCAAGAGUCCUCUUUUGUUCAAUGCAGCAUUUAAGAAAGUCGGUCUUAAUGCUGUUUAUGUGCAUUUGCUGGUGGAUGAUGUUGAGAAGUUCUUCAACACCUAUUCAGCCCCUGAUUUUAUCUCUGGAUGCAGUUGUACAAUCCCUCACAAGGAGGUUGCAAUCAAAUGCAUGGAUACUAUUGACCCCAUUGCACGGAAAAUUGGAGCUAUUAACAAUAUUGUUAGGAAACCAGAUGGAAAGUUAACUGCUUUUAACACCGACUACAUUGGCGCCAUAGAAGCCAUAGAGGAUGGACUAAGAGAAUCAAAUGGUUCAAGCCCUGCAGUUGGCUCACCCUUAGCCGGGAAAUUGUUCGUUGUCUUGGGAGCUGGUGGUGCUGGCAAGUCACUUGCUUAUGGUGCUAAAGAAAAGGGAGCAAGAGUGGUAGUUGCCAACCGAACAUUUGAAAGAGCUAAGGAUCUAGCUGACAAAGUUGGGGGCCAAGCUUUGACCCUUGCAGAAAUAGAGAACUUCCACCCAGAAGAAGGGAUGAUUCUUGCAAACACUACAUCUGUGGGAAUGAAACCGAAAAUUAAUGACACUCCCAUUCCCAAGCAUGCUUUGAAGCAUUACUCCCUAGUAUUUGAUGCCAUAUACACACCAAAAGACACUAGACUCUUGAGGGAAGCAAAAGAGAGUGGAAAAAUUAUAGUUUAUGGGACAGAGAUGUUGAUCCGCCAAGGCUUUGAACAAUACAAGAACUUCACUGGUUUGCCUGCCCCUGAAGAAUUGUUUAGGGAGCUUAUGUCGAAACACGCAUAAGAGGAUAUUUGCUUGGGCAGUCAGUUGUUUCAGCUGGAUCUUAUGUUUAUACCUGACUCAUUUCAGUUCCUUUACCAUUUGAUUAGCUAUAUAUUCUGUCCUAUGAAUAAAUCUUCCUUUUUAAUUAUGGAAGGAUUUGUAAUCAGCGUAUUCUGAAGUUUUGUGAUCCAUGCUCUAGGCAUGAAGAUAUGAUCCUAGAUUGAGAGGAAUGGUGAGAGAAGGUUCAUGUAGAUGUAGUCUACCUACGUUUUUGGACAAUGCUUUGUUUAUUUGAGCUUGAUUACUUUGGAGGGACC